AAUCCUGCGAUUCGGCUGCGCAUCUAGAGUGCGUGGGCGGCGGGCUCUGUGCGGCUGUUCCACGGCUUGUCAUCAUCAGUAUGGAAACGCAGGAGUUGUGAAGAGGAAUGAUAGAGCUGAAGCGUCGGAGGAGGAGAGCCGUGUGUAGGGCAAGGAUGCAGAGAACACCAUCGAGCAUCCGAGUCAAGGAAUGAUGAAGCUAGAGCCACGUAACCGGAGCCGCCGCUGCAAUAACAAGCCAUAUCCCAUCAUUUAUUUGGCGUGACGUUGUUGUUGUUGUUGUUGUUGUUAUUGUAAUUAAAGCCAUAUCAGUGUUAGAGAGUGGCAAGGCACGUGAACCGAACAAUGCUUUCUGCUGGGAUGAUCAGGGAAUCUGCAACCGUUCAGGCGUAACAAGAGGGCAAGCAAGCAGAUGCAACACGUUGCUGGCUGACUGUGCGGGUGUCAUUCAUCCGGACAAAGGUUUAUCACCUUCAUGGGAUGACGGCAUUCUUUGUGUUCUGCUGCAUCACUGCUGUGCUGCCUGGCCUCUUCUCUCCCCGUGUAUCUGAUCUCACACUGGCCUCCUGACAUCUAUAAGGCUCAUGCGGCGUUUUAUUUACUGUAAGGUGGUGCUCACCACCUCACUGGUCUGGGUGCUGGUAGAUGUCUUCCUGCUGCUGUACUUUAGCGAGUGUAACAAAUGUGAUAACCGGAAAGACCGCUCACUCCUCCCCGCUCUCAGAGCAGUGAUGUCCCGAACUCAUGAAGGCCCUGGAGAGAUGGGGAAGGCUGUGAUCAUCCCGAAAGAGGAGCAGGAGAAGAUGAAGGAACUCUUUAAAAUCAAUCAAUUCAACCUGAUGGCCAGUGACAUGAUAGCACUGAACAGAAGUCUGCCUGAUGUACGAUUGGAUGGGUGUAAAACAAAGGUGUACCCAGAUGACCUUCCCAAUACCAGCAUUGUGAUUGUUUUCCACAACGAAGCCUGGAGCACGCUUUUGCGUACUGUGCAUAGUGUCAUCAACCGCUCGCCAAAGCACCUGCUAAUGGAGAUCCUACUGGUGGAUGACGCCAGUGAAAGAGAGUUUCUGAAGAAGAAGCUGGAGGACCAUGUGAAGACACUGGAGGUACCGGUGCGGAUCUUGCGGAUGGAGCAACGUUCUGGUCUGAUCCGGGCGAGGUUGAGAGGAGCGGCAGCUACUAGAGGUCAGGUUAUCACCUUCCUGGAUGCACACUGUGAAUGCACUAUAGGCUGGUUGGAACCCUUGCUCGCUCGCAUUAAAGAAGACAGGAAAUCUGUGGUCUGCCCCAUCAUUGAUGUCAUCAGUGAUGAGACUUUUGAGUACAUGGCAGGCUCGGACAUGACAUACGGAGGCUUUAACUGGAAACUGAACUUCAGGUGGUACCCAGUUCCUCAGAGGGAGAUGGACCGACGCAAAGGCGAUCGCACUUUACCCGUCAGAACUCCCACAAUGGCUGGCGGUUUGUUUUCUAUUGACCGAGCCUAUUUUGAGGAGAUUGGCACCUACGAUCCCGGGAUGGACAUAUGGGGAGGAGAGAACCUUGAAAUAUCUUUCAGGAUCUGGCAAUGUGGUGGCUCUCUGGAAAUCAUCACAUGUUCGCACGUAGGCCAUGUGUUCCGGAAGGCGACGCCUUACAGUUUCCCAGGUGGUACUGGCCAAGUAAUCAAUAAGAACAAUAGAAGACUGGCUGAAGUCUGGAUGGAUGAAUUUAAAGACUUUUUUUACAUCAUAUCUCCUGGUGUGGUGCGAGUUGACUACGGAGAUGUAUCUGCCCGCAAGGCUCUGAGAGAAGUUUUGCAGUGUAAGCCUUUUUCCUGGUAUCUGGAGAACAUCUACCCUGAUUCCCAGAUACCACGCAGAUACUACUCACUUGGAGAGAUCAGAAAUGUGGAGACCAACCAGUGUGUGGACAACAUGGGAAGGAAAGAGAAUGAGAAAGUUGGCUUCUUUAACUGCCAUGGGAUGGGUGGAAACCAGGUCUUUUCAUACACAGCAGAUAAAGAAAUCCGCACUGAUGAUCUGUGUCUGGACGUGUCCCGUCUGAACGGCCCCGUCAUCAUGCUGAAGUGCCACCACAUGAAAGGCAACCAAAUGUUUGAGUAUGAUGCAGAGCGCCUGACCUUGCUACAUGUGAACAGUAAUCAAUGUUUGGACAUGCCCUCGGAGGAGGACAAAAUGGUUCCCACACUGAGAGACUGCGAUGGCAGCCGCUCCCAGCAGUGGCUCCUUAGAAACAUGACCUUAAGUGUGUGAAGUAGAUGUUAUAAAAGAACCAAGAUAAAGUCACAGGAUCUCACAUGGUCAUUACUGAAGUGUGAGCUGGCCUUUAACCUGCACUUUGGAUCUUUACUUGCCUAUUGGAUGCUAAUGGACUUUCAGCAUUGCAGACAUGUUGAACUGUUCAUAUCGCAAAUCAUUAACCAAUUAUGAAGUGUUGUCUUUUUGAUGUAGCUGUGUGCACAUGCUAUACGAUAUUUCACCAGGAGAGCUUUCAGUAAAAGUGCCCUCAGAAUGGAGAAUGAGCAAUUUGCUCUAGUUGUUUCAGUACUGUUCUGAAAAAGAAAGAGCUUUUUUUUAAAUUAGGGUUAUAUUGGGGAAUUGUUUCGCACUUUACCUCAAAUAAGCAUUCAUAAUCAGUUUACAACUUAAACUUUUAAACCUUUAAGGUUCUCAUCAUGCCAUGUCACCAAAAUAUAAUAUUACAAUACAUAUGACCACAAAUAGCCAUGUUAACAGGUCUUGGGUUCAUGCGGUGUACUGUAAAAGAAACCAUUAGUGUUAUUUUUCUAAUUCUCCCCCCAAAUCUAUUGACACUUUCACAUCUUUCACACUCUAAUUGGCUGCUGAAUCUUUCAAUGUCAGUAUUUGCCAUGUGUGACCACUCUUAAACUCUGGGAAGCAUGACCUAAGUAAAAAGUGGUUAUAACAUUCCUGGUCCAGUUUGGCAUUGUUGGUGGUUGUUGCAGUCCCAAAUCCUCAUAUAGUUUAUAACGAACAUUAUAAAUAGCUCCAAACUAAAUAGCCUUGUGUCAUAAUCCUGUCACAGAGUCACCACUUGCACUGAGCACUGCAUGCUGUUCAUAUUCAUUUUUAGGUGUUUUUGGUUUCCCCUAUGAUUUUUCUAUGUACAUAUACCCCUCUUGUUUCUUAGUCUGUUUGCAAAGUUUUGCAUUUUUAGAUCUCUCCUUGCUGUUUUUUUUCAUUCUGUUCUAUUUUUCAUUCUGAUUUGGGAGGUUCUGAUCACAUGGACUGUUGCCUGAUUUUUGAUCACACCCUUUUGAUUGCUGCUUUGAAUUUUUUUUUUUUUUUUUUUGCCUCUGCUUCUCUCAUGAAAUAUCUUUUUACCUGGAGUUGCACCUAUUUUUACAUUCCAUAAGUGACAUGACAAAACCCAGUGUGUCAUGUCUGUAUCUCUGGUCUUCACUGCACUCCUGUUGCCAUGCAGUUACCCAACAGCUUUCAGCUGAAAUGCAGAUGUACCUCCUGCUUUGGGAACAAUUCAGUACAAGGGGCAGACCAAUGUUUAUCCACAAGCCACAAGAUAGCAUACAAUCUGAGGGAGCUAAAGCCAUAGUCUAGUAGCAUCUGUUCCACCCACUGUGGCUGUAUGCAAAUUGUUUCAAGCUGAAACUUUUCCAUUACUGAUCAUCAGCAUAGUGGUUGGAAGCUCUUAUAUUUAUUUGUCUGUUUUGUAGUACCAAUAUACAUAUAUUUUACCUUCCCUAACAUUUUUCAUAUAUGAUCGCAGUGUGAUUGACAAAUACUGUUUGCAAUUAGCAUUAGCCACACAACAUUGUUGGCAAUGUGUGGCAGAUAAGUAGGCUUGUGCGAUACAAUUUUAUUUCAGUAAAAUUUUUACAAUAUCACUGCACAAUUAUACACUGGCACAAAGUCCAGUGAAGUAUAUUUUAAUUAUAUUAUAUUACAGUACCAGUCCUGACAAACAUUGUGCAUUUGCCUAAGAACUCUGCAAAAUAAAAUAAACAAUCAUGUAGUAUACUAGAUGUGCCUGUGAGAAUUGUGCGGAAUGAAGUCAUUAAAUAGAUUUCAAUUGCACACUCCUACAGUAAGUGCGUAUUGAAAAAUGUCAUCUGUUGAAUUUUGAGAUGAACUAAUGAUUUUUUUCAAGGUCGAUUUUUUAUGAUAUAAGGGUGUUUACCAUUUACAUUUCAAAGUAGCAUAAUUUCUCCUCCUGUGGGUCAAUUAUGAUGAAAAUAAGCCUACUGUAUAUGUUUUACCUCAAGCACGGUAACAUGAUGUGUGCACAAGCUAACAGACAUACAGACAAAAAUUCCAAAAAAUCUUGAUGUGUCCUAUUACUUAUCUUACAUCCAGCAUUGGAAUUUUUUUUCUGCAAAAAUCUUAACAGUUUUAUUUUAUGUAUAAAUUAAAGAUGAUUAAGGAGUAUAUUAAUCUUUAUAUGUCUGUGUUUUGAGCUCUCCAGUACUAAUCAACACUGCCUGGAGGCCCCUUUGUCUUUCCCCUCUCACAUGUUCUUGACUGAAUCCAUGGGGCAUCUGCCCUUUCUGUUAAGGUAAAUGGAUAAUGUUUUAAGAUAAAUACAGUGAAAUCAUAUAGAUAACUAAUUGUUUAGUUAGCAUAUUACUUCCAGACAGAGGUCUACAUACACUUCUCAUGAACGUGAAUGCCAAGCACAAACAUACAGGCCUACCAUGAACAGGAAGCUGCUGUAACACCAGUGGCACUUUUUACAUUCAAGCAAGUUUUACAUGCUUUAUAACCAGAAAUGCUGAAAGGCUGCCAUCCAAGAAAAAAUGUAGUCCCUGCUCAAAAAUCAACACAUUUAAUUUCAACUAAAGUUUGUAGCUGGCCACAUGGACAAAGAAAAACUCUUUACCAACUCUUAGACCUGGUGGUGGUGGCAUGCUUUAGGCUACCAGUGGAAUUGAUCUAUUGCAGAAAGUGGAUUGAAUGGUAAAGAAGGAGGACUCCCUCAGAAUUCCUCAAUGUAACCACAAAUCAUCAGCCAGACAGCAAACACUUGGAAAAUAUCGACUAUAAAUAUGACAAACACCCCAAGUACCACAAAACUGGUUGUGGAAUGAAUAAAGCAUGCUAAUUUAAGUUUUUCGUGUCUCAACCCUUUUGAAAAUUUGUGGAAUUUGCUUAAAAGUUUUAUUUUUAUUUUACCAAGAAGAUUGUGCAAAUAUCUCACCGGAUUUCUGCCUGACGCUUGUUGAUGACUACCACAGGUGUCUGCUAAAGGUGAAACUUGCUUAGGGACAGUCACCCAAAUAUUAGGUUUGUUGCAUGUUAAUUUUUGGUCAUGUAUGUAUAAUUUUAACUUUGUUUUGAUGAACCUCUUAACAAUUCCUCAUUUUUUCCCCUAUUUUAUAUAUAUGUUGUGCAGCCAUUCUGUCACAGGAAAAAAUGCAAUUGCCAUGGCAUUCAUGUUCAUGCUGGGUUUAUGUAAAUGUCUGUAUAGUUUUUUUCUGUUCACUGUGCAUUACAUUGUAUAGUAGAAUUAUGUAAAAAAAAUCAUCAUUCACAUUAGUCUUAGCAGUUGCUGCUGCCUGCAACCAGAUCCCAAAUGCACGUCUGGAAAUAUUAUGUUUUCCUAUAUUCUGCUUUUACUUAAAAGUGUGGAAAUGCUAUGCUUUCUGUAUUUUUAAGACUACUGAAUCUCAACAAACAUUUUUAUAUACAUAAUCCUAGUUAAAAAGUCUGCUAGGAAUUUUUCCCAAUGCAAAUUAUUUGAUUUUUGACAAAUAAUCUAUUAUUUAUAAUAAUAUUUUCACUUGCACCUAAAGUACCAGGAUUCACCAUAGUAAGAAUAAAAAAGAAGAUUGUAGAUUGGUUAGACAAAGUGUCUCUGAAGCAAGUUCUAGUGGUUGUCUAGUUUUAUCGUGGUCCUCUGUUAUAGAAUAAGGCUUAAAAAGAGAUCAACACAAAAAUCACAGCACUGAACGUAUUAAAAAUGAAUGCAACAGUGGUGAAUUCUGCUAAUAUGAUAAACAAAUAAUUGGUGGGACAUAAAAGCAUGACAUCACAAAAUAUAUAUUGCCUGAAAAUAGUGUCCUCUUACUGAUCCCUUAUAAUCCUAGUUUAAAAGUCUGCUAGGAGUUAAAAACAGCAUUUUUAACUCUUUGAGAAAUUCCAAUUAAUGAAACCAAAAUUACCGUACUUGGUUAUUUGGAUUAAUUAAACUUAUGUUGCAACUUGCUUAAUGUAGCAUCUUAAACAUUGUUGUAAUAUUAGUUUCUCCACUUGGCUAUUAGUUUUAGUAUUUGGGUGCUUGUAUUGCAAGCUUAACUAUUUGUCCACAGCACCAUGUUAUUGAUGCGGAGCAGCUGUUCUAUUGUAAAUAUUCAGUAUUUUCAGCAUUGUUGUACAUAUUAAAUCAAUUAUUUUUUUAUGAUGACAAUUGAAAGCCCUGUUUACCUCUAAAAACUGUGCAUUUAUGUGUUUUCUCAUUUCUAGAUGUAUAAUAUCCUCUGUGAAAUGCAAAGUAGAAAGUUUAUUGGCUGUUGCCAGUCCCAAGCUCAUUAUUACUUUAUUAAUGUCUACACCAACAUUUUUAGAUAGUUUCUUACAUUUAUUCUGUAAUUUGGCAUAAUUUAAAUAAUUGUAUUUGAAAUCCAGUGUGUUAAAUUCAGUGUGUCAUAGAUUUAAAAUGGAUUGUGUGCAGACAUCAUCUUAUAAUUCUUCUUGCGCAUAAAAACAUAAAAAGGAAACAAAGUCAUGCUGUUCACAUAAAAGCUUAAAUGCCAAUGGGCUUUUAUAAUAAUAUAAGUGCAUGAAAUAAAUACAGCAUAGAUUGCUUUUCAACUUAAACAACUCUGAAAUGUGUA